AUGUGCAAGAUCAGCGACAUGGUGAAGCGCGCCAGGGACUCCUUCAACUCCGGCCAGACACGCCCGCUGCAGUUCCGAAUCCAGCAGCUGGAGGCGCUGCGGCGGAUGAUCACCGAGCACCGGCAGGACAUCGCAGGCGCGUUGGCUGCAGACCUGCACAAGGAUGAAUGGACUGUUUACUAUGAGGAGGUGGUUUAUGUGCUGGAGGAGAAUGAGACCACAGUUAAGAGACUCCGGCAGUGGGUUACAGAUGAGCCAGUGGAGAAAACUCCCCAGACCCUGCAGGAUGAGUCCUACAGCCACGUGGAACCCCUAGGUAUGGUCCUUGUCAUAGGGAUCUGGAACUACCCCUUCAACCUCACCAUCCAGCCCAUGUUGGGCACCAUUGCUGCAGGGAAUGCAGUGAUCCUCAAGCCCUCAGAAGUGAGUGAGAAUACAGCAGACCUUCUGGCCACCCUUAUCCCUCAGUACAUGGACAAGGAUCUGUACCCAGUGAUCAAAGGGGGUGUCCAAGAGGUGCUCAAAGAGAGAUUCGACCACAUCCUAUACACUGGCAGCACAGCUAUAGGGAGAAUUGUCAUGAUGGCUGCUGCCAAGCACCUAACCCCUGUCACCAUGGAGCUGGGAGGAAAGAGCCCCUGCUACGUGGACAAGGAUUGUGAUCUGGAUGUGGCCUGCCAACGCAUUGCCUGGGGGAAAUUCAUGAACAGUGGCCAGACCUGUGUGGGCCCUGACUACAUCCUCUGUGACCCCUCUAUCCAGAACCAAAUUGUGGAGAAGCUCAAAAAGUCACUGGAAGAAUUCUAUGGGGAAAAUACUAAGAAGUCCCAUGACUAUGGGAGAAUCAUUAACGGCCGGCACUUCCAACGAAUCGUAGGCCUGAUAAAGGGCCAGAAAGUAGCCGAUGGGGCCACCUGGGAUGCAGUUGCCCAAUACAUAGCUCCUACCAUCCUCAUGGACAUGGACCCCCAAUCUCCAGUGAUGCAGGAAGAGAUCUUUGGUCCAGUGAUGCGCAUUGUGUGUGUACACAGCCUGGAGGAGACCAUUCAAUUCAUCAACCAGCGUGAAAAGCCCCUGGCACUUUAUGUGUUCUCCAGCAACAACAAGGUGAUUAAGAAGAUGAUUGCAGAGACAUCCAGUGGUGGGGUGACAGCCAACAAUGUCAUUGUCCACAUUACCGUGCACUCUCUGCCCUUCAGGGGUGUGGGAGACAGUGGCAUGGGGGCCUACCAUGGCAAGAAGAGCUUCAAGGCCUCCUCUCACUGCCGCUUGUGCCUGCUAAAGUCUCUGCUGAAUGACGAAGCACACAAGGCCAGGUACCCCGCAAGCCCAGCCAAGAUGCCCCAACACUGAGACGGCUGCUACACCUGACUCAUUUGUGCUGGCUCUGUCCUGCCCUUGGAGAGUUGCUCUCAGAGACUCGGCCUGGCUUCUCCCUCCCUG